AUGGACCUCUGUGCCUGGUGGACCUCUGUGCCUGGUGGACCUCUGUGCCUGGUGGACCUCUGUGCCUGUUGGACCUCUGUGCCUGGUGGACCUCUGUGCCUGGUGGACCUCUGUGCCUGGUGGACCUCUGUGCCUGGUGGACCUCUGUGCCUGGUGGACCUCUGUGCCUGUUGGACCUCUGUGCCUGUUGGACCUCUGUGCCUGGUGGACCUCUGUGCCUGGUGGACCUCUGUGCCUGUUGGACCUCUGUGCCUGUUGGACCUCUGUGCCUGUUGGACCUCUGUGCCUGUUGGACCUCUGUGCCUGGUGGACCUCUGUGCCUGGUGGACCUCUGUGCCUGUUGGACCUCUGUGCCUGUUGGACCUCUGUGCCUGGUGGACCUCUGUGCCUGGUGGACCUCUGUGCCUGGUGGACCUCUGUGCCUGUUGGACCUCUGUGCCUGGUGGACCUCUGUGCCUGGUGGACCUCUGUGCCUGGUGGACCUCUGUGCCUGGUGGACCUCUGUGCCUGGUGGACCUCUGUGCCUGUUGGACCUCUGUGCCUGUUGGACCUCUGUGCCUGUUGGACCUCUGUGCCUGGUGGACCUCUGUGCCUGUUGGACCUCUGUGCCUGUUGGACCUCUGUGCCUGGUGGACCUCUGUGCCUGGUGGACCUCUGUGCCUGUUGGACCUCUGUGCCUGUUGGACCUCUGUGCCUGUUGGACCUCUGUGCCUGUUGGACCUCUGUGCCUGGUGGACCUCUGUGCCUGGUGGACCUCUGUGCCUGUUGGACCUCUGUGCCUGUUGGACCUCUGUGCCUGGUGGACCUCUGUGCCUGGUGGACCUCUGUGCCUGUUGGACCUCUGUGCCUGGUGGACCUCUGUGCCUGGUGGACCUCUGUGCCUGUUGGACCUCUGUGCCUGUUGGACCUCUGUGCCUGUUGGACCUCUGUGCCUGUUGGACCUCUGUGCCUGGUGGACCUCUGUGCCUGGUGGACCUCUGUGCCUGGUGGACCUCUGUGCCUGGUGGACCUCUGUGCCUGGUGGACCUCUGUGCCUGGUGGACCUCUGUGCCUGUUGGACCUCUGUGCCUGUUGGACCUCUGUGCCUGUUGGACCUCUGUGCCUGGUGGACCUCUGUGCCUGUUGGACCUCUGUGCCUGUUGGACCUCUGUGCCUGGUGGACCUCUGUGCCUGGUGGACCUCUGUGCCUGGUGGACCUCUGUGCCUGUUGGACCUCUGUGCCUGUUGGACCUCUGUGCCUGUUGGACCUCUGUGCCUGGUGGACCUCUGUGCCUGGUGGACCUCUGUGCCUGGUGGACCUCUGUGCCUGUUGGACCUCUGUGCCUGUUGGACCUCUGUGCCUGGUGGACCUCUGUGCCUGUUGGACCUCUGUGCCUGUUGGACCUCUGUGCCUGGUGGACCUCUGUGCCUGUUGGACCUCUGUGCCUGUUGGACCUCUGUGCCUGUUGGACCUCUGUGCCUGUUGGACCUCUGUGCCUGUUGGACCUCUGUGCCUGGUGGACCUCUGUGCCUGGUGGACCUCUGUGCCUGGUGGACCUCUGUGCCUGGUGGACCUCUGUGCCUGGUGGACCUCUGUGCCUGUUGGACCUCUGUGCCUGGUGGACCUCUGUGCCUGGUGGACCUCUGUGCCUGGUGGACCUCUGUGCCUGGUGGACCUCUGUGCCUGGUGGACCUCUGUGCCUGUUGGACCUCUGUGCCUGUUGGACCUCUGUGCCUGUUGGACCUCUGUGCCUGUUGGACCUCUGUGCCUGGUGGACCUCUGUGCCUGUUGGACCUCUGUGCCUGGUGGACCUCUGUGCCUGGUGGACCUCUGUGCCUGUUGGACCUCUGUGCCUGGUGGACCUCUGUGCCUGGUGGACCUCUGUGCCUGGUGGACCUCUGUGCCUGUUGGACCUCUGUGCCUGUUGGACCUCUGUGCCUGGUGGACCUCUGUGCCUGGUGGACCUCUGUGCCUGGUGGACCUCUGUGCCUGUUGGACCUCUGUGCCUGGUGGACCUCUGUGCCUGUUGGACCUCUGUGCCUGUUGGACCUCUGUGCCUGUUGGACCUCUGUGCCUGUUGGACCUCUGUGCCUGUUGGACCUCUGUGCCUGGUGGACCUCUGUGCCUGGUGGACCUCUGUGCCUGGUGGACCUCUGUGCCUGGUGGACCUCUGUGCCUGGUGGACCUCUGUGCCUGGUGGACCUCUGUGCCUGGUGGACCUCUGUGCCUGUUGGACCUCUGUGCCUGUUGGACCUCUGUGCCUGGUGGACCUCUGUGCCUGGUGGACCUCUGUGCCUGGUGGACCUCUGUGCCUGGUGGACCUCUGUGCCUGGUGGACCUCUGUGCCUGGUGGACCUCUGUGCCUGGUGGACCUCUGUGCCUGGUGGACCUCUGUGCCUGUUGGACCUCUGUGCCUGUUGGACCUCUGUGCCUGUUGGACCUCUGUGCCUGUUGGACCUCUGUGCCUGGUGGACCUCUGUGCCUGUUGGACCUCUGUGCCUGUUGGACCUCUGUGCCUGGUGGACCUCUGUGCCUGGUGGACCUCUGUGCCUGUUGGACCUCUGUGCCUGUUGGACCUCUGUGCCUGUUGGACCUCUGUGCCUGUUGGACCUCUGUGCCUGGUGGACCUCUGUGCCUGGUGGACCUCUGUGCCUGGUGGACCUCUGUGCCUGUUGGACCUCUGUGCCUGUUGGACCUCUGUGCCUGGUGGACCUCUGUGCCUGUUGGACCUCUGUGCCUGGUGGACCUCUGUGCCUGGUGGACCUCUGUGCCUGUUGGACCUCUGUGCCUGUUGGACCUCUGUGCCUGUUGGACCUCUGUGCCUGUUGGACCUCUGUGCCUGUUGGACCUCUGUGCCUGGUGGACCUCUGUGCCUGGUGGACCUCUGUGCCUGGUGGACCUCUGUGCCUGGUGGACCUCUGUGCCUGGUGGACCUCUGUGCCUGUUGGACCUCUGUGCCUGUUGGACCUCUGUGCCUGGUGGACCUCUGUGCCUGGUGGACCUCUGUGCCUGGUGGACCUCUGUGCCUGGUGGACCUCUGUGCCUGGUGGACCUCUGUGCCUGUUGGACCUCUGUGCCUGUUGGACCUCUGUGCCUGGUGGACCUCUGUGCCUGGUGGACCUCUGUGCCUGGUGGACCUCUGUGCCUGUUGGACCUCUGUGCCUGUUGGACCUCUGUGCCUGGUGGACCUCUGUGCCUGUUGGACCUCUGUGCCUGUUGGACCUCUGUGCCUGUUGGACCUCUGUGCCUGGUGGACCUCUGUGCCUGGUGGACCUCUGUGCCUGUUGGACCUCUGUGCCUGGUGGACCUCUGUGCCUGUUGGACCUCUGUGCCUGUUGGACCUCUGUGCCUGUUGGACCUCUGUGCCUGUUGGACCUCUGUGCCUGUUGGACCUCUGUGCCUGGUGGACCUCUGUGCCUGGUGGACCUCUGUGCCUGGUGGACCUCUGUGCCUGGUGGACCUCUGUGCCUGGUGGACCUCUGUGCCUGUUGGACCUCUGUGCCUGGUGGACCUCUGUGCCUGGUGGACCUCUGUGCCUGGUGGACCUCUGUGCCUGGUGGACCUCUGUGCCUGGUGGACCUCUGUGCCUGUUGGACCUCUGUGCCUGUUGGACCUCUGUGCCUGUUGGACCUCUGUGCCUGUUGGACCUCUGUGCCUGGUGGACCUCUGUGCCUGUUGGACCUCUGUGCCUGGUGGACCUCUGUGCCUGGUGGACCUCUGUGCCUGUUGGACCUCUGUGCCUGGUGGACCUCUGUGCCUGGUGGACCUCUGUGCCUGGUGGACCUCUGUGCCUGGUGGACCUCUGUGCCUGGUGGACCUCUGUGCCUGGUGGACCUCUGUGCCUGUUGGACCUCUGUGCCUGUUGGACCUCUGUGCCUGGUGGACCUCUGUGCCUGGUGGACCUCUGUGCCUGGUGGACCUCUGUGCCUGGUGGACCUCUGUGCCUGGUGGACCUCUGUGCCUGUUGGACCUCUGUGCCUGUUGGACCUCUGUGCCUGGUGGACCUCUGUGCCUGGUGGACCUCUGUGCCUGGUGGACCUCUGUGCCUGGUGGACCUCUGUGCCUGGUGGACCUCUGUGCCUGGUGGACCUCUGUGCCUGGUGGACCUCUGUGCCUGGUGGACCUCUGUGCCUGGUGGACCUCUGUGCCUGGUGGACCUCUGUGCCUGUUGGACCUCUGUGCCUGUUGGACCUCUGUGCCUGGUGGACCUCUGUGCCUGGUGGACCUCUGUGCCUGUUGGACCUCUGUGCCUGUUGGACCUCUGUGCCUGGUGGACCUCUGUGCCUGUUGGACCUCUGUGCCUGGUGGACCUCUGUGCCUGGUGGACCUCUGUGCCUGGUGGACCUCUGUGCCUGGUGGACCUCUGUGCCUGGUGGACCUCUGUGCCUGGUGGACCUCUGUGCCUGGUGGACCUCUGUGCCUGGUGGACCUCUGUGCCUGUUGGACCUCUGUGCCUGUUGGACCUCUGUGCCUGUUGGACCUCUGUGCCUGUUGGACCUCUGUGCCUGUUGGACCUCUGUGCCUGGUGGACCUCUGUGCCUGGUGGACCUCUGUGCCUGGUGGACCUCUGUGCCUGGUGGACCUCUGUGCCUGGUGGACCUCUGUGCCUGUUGGACCUCUGUGCCUGUUGGACCUCUGUGCCUGGUGGACCUCUGUGCCUGUUGGACCUCUGUGCCUGGUGGACCUCUGUGCCUGUUGGACCUCUGUGCCUGUUGGACCUCUGUGUCUGUUGGACCUCUGUGCCUGUUGGACCUCUGUGCCUGGUGGACCUCUGUGCCUGGUGGACCUCUGUGCCUGGUGGACCUCUGUGCCUGGUGGACCUCUGUGCCUGGUGGACCUCUGUGCCUGUUGGACCUCUGUGCCUGUUGGACCUCUGUGCCUGUUGGACCUCUGUGCCUGGUGGACCUCUGUGCCUGGUGGACCUCUGUGCCUGGUGGACCUCUGUGCCUGUUGGACCUCUGUGCCUGGUGGACCUCUGUGCCUGUUGGACCUCUGUGCCUGUUGGACCUCUGUGCCUGGUGGACCUCUGUGCCUGUUGGACCUCUGUGCCUGUUGGACCUCUGUGCCUGUUGGACCUCUGUGCCUGGUGGACCUCUGUGCCUGUUGGACCUCUGUGCCUGGUGGACCUCUGUGCCUGUUGGACCUCUGUGCCUGGUGGACCUCUGUGCCUGGUGGACCUCUGUGCCUGUUGGACCUCUGUGCCUGUUGGACCUCUGUGCCUGUUGGACCUCUGUGCCUGUUGGACCUUUGUGCCUGGUGGACCUCUGUGCCUGGUGGACCUCUGUGCCUGGUGGACCUCUGUGCCUGUUGGACCUCUGUGCCUGGUGGACCUCUGUGCCUGUUGGACCUCUGUGCCUGGUGGACCUCUGUGCCUGGUGGACCUCUGUGCCUGUUGGACCUCUGUGCCUGUUGGACCUCUGUGCCUGGUGGACCUCUGUGCCUGGUGGACCUCUGUGCCUGGUGGACCUCUGUGCCUGUUGGACCUCUGUGCCUGGUGGACCUCUGUGCCUGGUGGACCUCUGUGCCUGGUGGACCUCUGUGCCUGGUGGACCUCUGUGCCAAUAGUGCAUCUUUUGUCUUGGUGUGUGCCGUAA